GCGAUUCCUCUGUUUGUGUGUGCAGCCCUGCCCCAAAGUUACAGGCCUGCAGCGACCGCAACACACAUAUCUGCUGUGGAAGUUCACCAGGAGCAGAGUCUGAUGAAAUAAACAUGGUGAAACUAACCGAGGGCUUAGAAAAGCUGUUUCUGGUCUGCUGGAGGUAAAAGACACGAAGCUUUAGGGAUGCCUCUCCACAGCAUUUGGCCCUUGUGUAGAACCUUGUGUCGGGACUGAGAGAGAGUCAGCAGGAUGGGCAACGAGGACAGGCUGGAGGAUGCGUUUGUGGCUGUCAUUCGCCCGAAGAGUCAAGUCAGCCUGAGCUCAAAGGAGUACAGAGCCAAAUCUUAUGAGAUCCUGCUGAAUGAAGUGCCUUUGGAGGGGAAGGAGAAAAAAAGAAAGAAAGUCCUCCUGGCGACAAAAAUCCAAGCUGCAGGAGACAAAUCCAAAUCCAUAUUGGAUUUUGUGGACGAAACCGUCAGAUCAAUAUCCAACAACCAAAGCCUCAUCGGAAAGCGUGUGGUUCAUAUGAAGAAAUUCCCCCUCGAUGGAAACAAUGAAGGAAAAGAGGCCUCGCUUUUUGUCGUGCCAGUCAGUGUUAAAGACAACAGCAAGCCUUUGCACAGCGCCGGGAGCCCGAGCUUCUACUGCUUCCAGGACAUCAUGCGGGUGUGCAGCGAGACCAGCGCCCACUUCUGCUCCAGCACCUCCAAGAUGCUCCUGGCCUUAGACAAGUGGUUAGCAGAGCAGCACAGCGUGCCUCACGCCAUCCCCGCCCUGUUCAGACCGGCGCCUGUUGAGCGGGUGAAGACCAACGUCAGCAACCCGGCCUACAGCAGCGAGGGCAAACUGAGUGAGGAGGGUCUGCACAUGGGCUACACCGCUCUGGAGAUCAAGAGCAAGAUGAUGUCCCUAGAGAAGGCAGACAUGUGCAUCCUCAACCCGCUGUACGGCUCAGAUCUGCAGUACACCAACCGGGUGGAUAAAGUUAUCAUCAACCCUUACUUUGGUCUCGGAGCGCCCGACUACUCCAAGAUCCAGAUCCCACAGAGGGAGAAGUGGCAGCAUGGCCCUAACUGUGUGGCAGAAGACACGGAGCGCCAGUGGGUGGAAGACUUCCCGCUCCACCGCAGCGCCUGUGAGGGAGACACAGAGCUGCUGCUGAAGCUCCUGGACAGCGGUUUCUCCGUCAAACAGCUGGACAGCGACCACUGGGCUCCCAUCCACUACUCCUGCUGGCACGGUAAAGUGGAGGCGACCAAGCUGUUACUGGAGAAAGGUAACUGUAAUCCCAACCUGCUGAACGGCCAGCUCAGCUCCCCGCUGCACUUCGCAGCCCGGGGGGGCCACGCAGAGAUCGUACAACUCCUGCUGCAGCACCCCGAGAUCGACCGGCACAUGGAAGACCAGCAGAAGCGCUCCCCUCUUCAGGUGUGUGAGGAGAACAAACAGAACGAAUGGGAGGAGACGGUGAAGCUCCUGCAGCAAACCAGCAGCAAACCUGUGAGUCACACAUCCCACACUCACCUAAUUACCGUUUGUGUAUUGCAAACAUGACACUAAAG